AUGAUUCAAUCAGACACUCCUGACUAUCCAUGGCAAAGAAUAGCAGUUGAUUACUUUGACUUUGUGCAAGGCUUUGACUUGGCUGUUGUGGACUAUUAUUCACGGUUCUUGGAAAUGAUAAAUGUGUCCACAAUGACUGUAGAUGAACUAAUCAAGAAGAUGAAAGCCUGUUUUGCUCGACAUGGGAUCCCUGAAAUCGUAAUUUCUGAUUCUGGCUCACAGUUUACAAGCUCAGAAUGGAGAGCCUUUGCAGCCGAUUUUGGGUUUAAAACUAUUUGUUGUAGUCCCUUACACCAUCAGGCAAACGGUGAAGCUGAAAGAGCAGUCCAAACGCUUAAAAAGAUGCUUACAAAGAACAAAGACCCCACUCUUGCAUUACUGGAGUACAGGUCAACACCAAGUCCAUCAGGGUACAGCCCUUCGGAAUUGUUGAUGGGAAGAAGACUAAGAACCCGACUACCGUCAUUGACGAAAGAUCUCAAGCCUAAAAUGGUAGAUCACAAGACAUUUAGAGAACUAUAUAGAGCAACUCAAGCAGAUUACUUCAAUAAACGGCAUGGAGUGAGAGAUGAAAAGCAAUUCACUAUUGGAUGCAACGUGUAUAUUCCUGAUAUGAGAGAAGAUGGGAAGAUAGUUAAUAAAGUAGCUCCAAGAUCAUACACAGUUAAGACAAACGAAGGCAUGUUACGUCGCAACGGGACGCAGCUACAGCAGACGACAAUAAUGCGCAGUUGUGUCAUGUGUUCCUCACUGGACCUGCACUUGAUACAGUAG